AUGUCAACGACAACCGGCGCAUUCGUUGCCGGCGGCAUUGCUGCUUGCGGUGCUGUCACCGCGACACAUCCCUUUGAAACAGUCAAGAUCAGGUUACAGCUUCAAGGAGAAUUACAAUCCAAAGACGUCGCAGUCAGGAAAUACCGAGGCGUCUUCCACGGGGUCGGGGUCAUCCUAAAAAACGAAGGAUUGAAAGGAAUCUACAGAGGGAUUGGAACUGCAUACAUCUACCAGAUACUGUUGAACGGCUGUCGAUUGGGAUUUUACGAGCCACUGAGAGCGGCAUGCACCAAGCUCAUCUACAAAGACACCAAUGUUCAAUCUCUCGGUAUCAACAUUUUUUCCGGCGCGGCGUCUGGUAUCCUGGGGGCUAUGGCAGGCUCACCUUUCUUUCUGGUCAAGACUAGACUACAAUCAUAUUCUCCCUCGUUGCCUGUGGGCACGCAGCAUAAAUACCGCAAUGCUUUUGACGGACUGUCCCAGAUCUACAAAGCAGAAGGGGUGAGAGGUCUAUACCGAGGCAUGGGCGCAUCGAUGGUCAGAACCGGCGCCGGAAGUUCAGUCCAGCUGCCGACAUAUUUCUUUGCGAAGAGACGCUUAAUACGCCAUUUCGGCAUGGAAGAUGGCCCUGCACUGCAUUUGCUGAGCUCAACUGCCAGCGGCUUUGUUGUCUGCGUCUUUAUGCAUCCACCGGAUACCGUCAUGGCGCGAUUGUACAACCAGCAUGGCAAUCUCUACAAUGGUAUUUUCGACUGCCUCUGGAAGACUAUUUCAACGGAGGGUGUGCUCAGCGUCUACAAAGGCUUCACAGCACACCUGGCUCGAAUAUUGCCGCAUACCAUCCUCACAUUGACACUAGCGGAGCAGACAAACAAGCUCAUACGAGGAGUCGAAAGCAAGAUCCUACCGAAAUCCCUCAAGGAGAAGCUUUGA